UGUAAAAUUGUAUCGGCGUCAAUAUACAAUAUGGCCUUCAAAUUGAUCCUUUUGUUGUGUGUAUUGAUCGCUGUCCCUGUAGCUCAAGCGCAGCCGCUCGGGGGACUUCUUGGUAAUCUUUUGGGCCUACUUCGUAUUCAAGGUAUCGUGUACUGCACGCCUAAUGGGAACAUCGGUAUCAAUGGAACAUCCACGCCAGUUUUUGCGAAUGCCGGGGUGCAGCUGCAGUGUGGGGGCAAUGUGGUGUCGACUACUACGACGAACGGCGCAGGAGUGUUCUCGUUCCUUCUAGAUCCGUUGAACAUGGCCCUCAACACGCUCACGAAUAAAUGCACCGCUGUUGUGAACACGCCGCUGGCCUCUUGCAACGCCAGCCUGCCGUCGGUCGGAGAGCUGGUGUCGAACCUGCAGUUUGUUGGAAGCACUUUCUCUGGACUACUGAAAAUUUUCAACAUUGGCGCCUCUGAUUUUCAGUUCAAUGCCAAUGUGAAGUAACUGCAUGCAGAAAUGUAGUGCAUAUAAGCAUGACUAUGAAUUAAUCAAUCAAUCAAUCUAUCUAUGAAAUAAGUGAAAACUGUUCACUAGGACAUGAUAAUUUAUCUUCUGUAAGGUUUUUUCUUAAUUUGUAUGGUUUGUUGUUCUUUUGGAUUGCAUGUAUUAUGUAUUGCGGUUUCAUCAAA